UAUUCGCGAGCAGCAGACGAUACGCGCACGGAAAGAAAACAUAAGUGUGUGCUGUCUUGUAAAGUCGUCCGUUCUACCGCGAGCAACUCAGGAACGAGUGUAUGAUACACUGGAUACUUUCAAAUUAUUUCUGUGAGCUCAAGGCACCAUCAACAGAAGAAGAGUGGAAUAAAAUUGCCAAAGAAUUUGAUGAACUGUGGCAGUUCCCAAACUGCAUUGGUGCAAUGGAUGGGAAACACAUAGCAUUUGCCCCACCACAAACUGCUGGCUCAACAUACUUCAAUUAUAAAAAGUUCCACAGUGUUGUUUUACUAGCUAUUGUGGACGCUAGGUACCGAUUAUCUUUGAUUGACAUUGGGUGCAAUGGAAGAGUGAGUGAUGGUGGGGUGUAUACAAACAGCCUGAUCAGCAGUGCACUUCGGGAAAACUGGUUGAAGGUACCACAGCAAAAAUCACUUCCUGGCACAAACAUUGAAGUGCCGUAUGUGAUUCUUGCUGAUGAUGCCUUUCACCUGGAGCCAUAUAUCAUGAAACCCUAUAGAGACUGCCAGAACCAGAAGUCCAAACAGAUUUUUAACUACAAAUUGUCAAGAGGAAGGCGAGUAGUGGAAAACACUUUCGGAAUUCUGGCCAACCGCUUCAGAGUUCUUCUCAGUACAAUGCGACUACCUGUUGAGAAAGUGGAAUUAAUUGUUCAGACUUUAUGCAUACUGCACAGCUACUUGAUUGAAGAGGCAGACACCACAUAUGUGACAGCUGCUGAUACAGAAAACACAGACUUGUGCACCAUAAACAAUGGUUCCUGGUGA